UAGACUGAAGAGCCACAGGGGGGUCAUCAAAGGUUCCUGAGCCCGUUCCCCUGCAGUCCCACGCCAUUCUCCCAGAUGGCAAUUAACUGCGCCUAAAGCACACAUACAAAACACAGGAACAAAGGAAGUCAGACAUGGAUUUGGCCUUGUACACUAUAGAGAGUACUCCUCUUUCCAUGAUUAAAUGUUUAUUUUAAGAUGAGGUCUCCCUCGGAUGUGUGACGUUUGCAGUCGUUCGGAUUGGAGAGCAUCAGCUGUGCUGCAUGGGCCUAAUUGAAGAAAGACUCCCCGAAGGCCAACAGCUUCCAUGAAGCCAUCGGAAAGGAAGUGGUGUGUUGGAAGAUAACAGGGUGUUUGCCAGCUCAGAUGUAGCCAAGCUGUGAUGUGAGACUGUCAACACAAUGGUAAGGAUAAGAAGAAAUGAUGGCAUCUUGAAUGAGACUAAGGUAAUGAUCAUUUUUCAAAACAGAAGCAACAAACGGCAUAACUAAAGGAUUUACUUACAAAUUAUUUUAGUUUAUAUUUUAGAAUAGUAAAACUUGUGUUUAUAUCGGUUCCUCCAUGGUAGUCUAACGUUUAUGUGAUCGUAUUGAUGUGAAUAGCUGAACCAUUAACUGUCUAAUUGUUUUAUUUUUUUUAUCCAGUAUCCUAAUCAAGUGAUGUAAAAAUGUAAGAUGUAAAGUAUUUUUAAAUGUUUUAGUAGUUUGAUCGAACAGUUAAUAUUGGAUUAAGAUUUUACAAUCUUUACCAAAGUAUUGGGAUCUGUAUAAUGUGCUAUUUUAAAAUAUAAGAAUAAUAUAUUAACCAUUAAUGUAACAUUUUAAAGGAAAGAGAUAAUAAUGUUUAGCUGGGAAGUCUUCUAAAGCUGGGAGCUUGCACUUUAUGGAAAGUUUCUUCACCCAAAGUUGUUUUUGGAAGACGAUCAGACUGACGCUGUGGUCAAGAACCUCGAUCCAGAUGUGCUGAAACUAUAAUCAGUUGCGGUUGUUGGAGCAUGAAUCGGUGGCGAAGGUCAGUGGGAGAGAUCCAAGCCAGAAAAAAGCUUGUGAGCGAAUGUGAGCAGGCGCAGGCCGCCUUCAUCAAACUCAGCGCCUGCUUCCAACAAAUGGCCACCUGCUUGGGGAGUAACACAGACAGCAGCCUUCUGAGAGAUGAGCUGGAGGAAACCAGGGGGCAGGCCCAUAAAAUAUGUACAGGGCUGCAAAGGAGGCUGCUGGAGCUGCUGGUUGAAACAGAGCAAAAGCAGGACGACCGCGAGCAGGUAGAGCGCAUCUGGGUGCUGCUCCUGUCAGCCUUGGAGAACUUUCAGCAGCAGCUCAAAAGAGUCAUUGCCCUCCAGGAGCUCUUUCCUAUCGCCGUGAAGAAAGACAGACAGGCCCUGAUUAACACAGGUGCUUCUGGAGGAGGUACCGAGGUAGCAGGACGUGCUGCCAUGGUGCAGAGUCCCUGGGUGGUGACAGAGUGCACAGAGAAGCCUGACCUGCAGGGACACGUGCUGGAGAUUGAGACCCUGCUCCAGGAAAUGCUGCAGAAGGUAAACGUACCGUUAUGGUCAGUGAAGCCGAUGCAGAAAGCCUGGGCUGAGGGAACACAAGAAGAGGAUGAUGACAUCUUGGAGGAGAUGAUGGAGGUAGAAGUGGUGGCGCCGGAUGGAAAAUCAAGCUGCUGCAGUCAUUCCAAAUGUAGGCUUAGAUGCAUAUUCUGUUUGCUCAACUAAAGACCUUUUGGGUCAUGUAACUAGUGAGAAGUUAUAAAUCCCCAAGUGAUUUGGCAUGUCUUGGUUAUUAUUAUGAAAUCAAGUUUAUUCAUGAUCCUUGGUGGAUCUGGGAAACACCAAGCUUCCAUCUACUUCACAAUUCACAUUACCGUAGCGGCGAAUUUUUUAAGAAGACAAUACUGCCCCCUAUCUGCAAAUACUACUAUAAAAAAUUAUGGCUAUAAAAUGGACCUACAAGACACACCAAUCAUUAUAUUGUGCUAAAUUGUGGAAAAAAAGAAAUAGAUCUUAUGAGUGGGG